AAACAAAAAUGGUGGACGAAGCGACAAAGAAAACUCUUGCUGCAAUUCCACUUUUAAAGACAAAAGCUGGGCCUAGAGAUAAAGAUUCCUGGGUGAUACGGUUAAAGGAAGAAUAUAGUUCACUGAUUAAGUAUGUUGGCAAUAAUAAACAGGCAGAUAAUGAUUGGUUUCGCCUAGAAUCUAAUAAAGAAGGGACUAGGUGGUUUGGAAAAUGUUGGUAUGUGCACAACCUUCUAAAGUAUGAAUUUGAUAUUGAGUUUGACAUACCAGUUACAUAUCCCACUACAGCUCCAGAGAUUGCAAUACCAGAAUUAGAUGGGAAAACAGCAAAAAUGUACAGAGGUGGAAAAAUUUGUCUUACGGAACAUUUUAAACCGUUAUGGGCAAGGAACGUGCCGAAGUUUGGAAUAGCACACGCAAUGGCUUUAGGUCUUGGCCCAUGGCUUGCAGUGGAAAUACCAGACUUGAUAGACAAAGGCAUUGUCAUCUACAAAGAAAAAAGUGCAAAAUAAUCAUUUUUUUCUUAUUUAUAAAUAAUUCUGUACAUCAUAAAGAAUAUCAUGAAAUGAAAACGUCUUUCACUUCUGUGAUAUAAAAUGAACCGUAUAUAAUAAAAAAAUGAAAUACAAUUUUAUAC